GUUUAGGUUUACGUUAACAACAUUCUAGUUAUGUCUUCCAACACCAAUCCACUGACCCGUAAAAAAGGUCAUCCUCGAAGUAUAAGAGUAAAAGUAAUUAGCAUGGGCAAUGCCGAAGUUGGUAAAAGCUGUUUAAUCAAGCGAUACUGUGAAAAGAGAUUUGUAAAUAAAUAUCUGGCGACUAUUGGGAUUGAUUAUGGUGUCACAAAAGUACAAGUAAAUGAUAAAGAACUGAAAGUAAAUAUUUUCGAUAUGGCAGGACAUCCCUACUUUUACGAAGUACGAAAUGAGUUUUACAAAGACACACAAGCUGCAAUUCUUGUUUAUGAUGUAACAAACCGUAUCAGUUUUGAAUGUCUUGAAUCAUGGUUACAAGAAAUGCGGCAAGAAAUUGGAAAACCUCAAAAAAUGGACAAUGUGAUAUUUUUUAUUUGCGCUAACAAAACUGAUAAAGGUAACAGGGUGGUUGAUACAACAGAAGGAAGAUUAUGGGCAGAUGGAAAAGGUUUUCAUUAUUUUGAAACAUCAGCCGGUACGGGGGAAGGUGUAAAUGAAAUGUUUCAGGCCAUGUUUAAUGCAUUAGUAGAACUAUCUGAAAAUGGAGGAAAGCGUGGUCCUGUAAACACCAAUCUUGGUUUUACAAAAGAACAAGCCGAUGCUAUAUUGAGGAUAAAAAAUGGACGUGAUAAUUAUGAAAAACUUGGAGUACAUCAUUCUGCGACAAGAGAUGAUAUUAAUAAAGCUUAUCGUAAGCUUGCUGUUUUGCUUCAUCCUGAUAAAAAUGUAGCUCCUGGAAGUGAGGAUGCAUUCAAACUUCUUGUCAAUGCAAGAACUGCAUUGUUAAAAAAUAGAUGAUCAUUUGAUUUUUUGAAUAUUUGUGCUUUUUUUUUUGUACCAUAUAUUUAUUAUAUGUAAUAUCUAUCAAACGAUUUGAAAUUAUGAAAAAUAUGGCCCACAGGCGUUUAAAAUCUUGAGUGGGGGAAUAUUUCUCAAUUUCUAUUGGUCAUAAAGGUUAUUUACCUUCAACCUUAAAAGCAGUUGCAUAAAAGUUACGAGAAAGAAAAGUAAAGCACAUAAUGAUAUAUCUAACAACAAACCGAGGAUGAAAUAAGUACAUACAAUUUAGAAUUUUUCAAAUGCAAUCUUAUAACAGAUUAAAUUCGGUGUAAAAGUUCGAGAAAUCCCUUUAAUAUAUAAGUGAGUGAGUGCAUGUGGCCCUUGUUUGAACAAAUUUCUUUAUUCAAUAGUCAAAUUGAAAGUUUUUUUUAAAUAUUGCAUCCAUUAUAUCUAAUACACCUGUUAACUAAAUCAAUUCACCUAAAUCAAUUAUUUGUGUUGUGAUGUCAGAUUCUUAGAUAUCCUCAUUAUUACUAAAGCUUCAAUAUUAAAUAUUUCACUCCUUCUGCAUAAUUUCAAUGGAAUUUUGAGUCGGAUAUCUGUACAAAACACUCUCCAUUAAUAAUCGGUGCCGGUAUUUAUUGUUAAGAGGAGUAAUAUAGUUUUAUGAAUUUGCCUUUAUUUUUUUAAUUUUUAGAGAAAAAUAUAUAUUUUUCACUAUAUUUCAAAAUUUUGUAUUUGUAAUAUUUUGUAUACUAUUCUGUUUAGUUAAUUCUCUUUUUUACCUAUAAUUUUAAACAACACAUUACUAACUCUUUUAUCUCAUAUGUAUUACAAAAUUAUUGAUGUAGUUAUUAAUUGGUUAUAUCAAUUUCUCCAGCUAUUACACACACAUGUUUGUUAAAUGUAGUGGUACCACAUUUAUGGAAAAUAGUUAUUAUGUUAGUUUCAGAUUAUACAAAUUUUUUUUUCAAUGAAAGUGUGGAAAAUAGUGGCUGGAUUGGAAUAUGUUUUCCUAAGUUGAAUUGCUUCAAAAUUUACUAAAAAUUCAUGUCUGAGAAUUUAUACUACUAACCUGGGUUCAUAAUUGAGUAUUUGCAUGUGGUAAUUUAUUGUUCUAAUGCUUUUGCAACAUAUGGUCUUUUAAGCCAUGUGACAAGUUUUAUACAGUUAACUGUUUUUUAACUUCAGGUGCUGUAAAUAUUUAUUUAACAUUAUAAUUUAUAUUUUUCUGUGUGAUUUCAUGCUUCCACCUUUUUUAUUUUAAUUUUAGA